AUGGACCGCAGCCUGAAGAACGUGCUGGUGGUUUCCUUCGGGUUCCUCCUGCUCUUCACGGCCUACGGGGGGCUGCAGAAUCUGCAGAGCAGCCUCAACAGUGAGGCUGGCCUUGGCGUGACGUCUCUCAGCACCCUCUAUGGAGCCAUCCUUCUGUCCUCCAUGUUCCUCCCCCCACUCCUCAUCAAGAAAUUUGGCUGCAAAUGGACCAUUGCCGGCUCCAUGUGCUGCUACGUGGCCUUCUCCCUGGGAAACUUCCACGCCAGCUGGUACACCUUGAUCCCCACCUCCAUACUGCUCGGCCUGGGAGGCGCCCCCCUCUGGUCCGCCCAAUGCACGUACAUCACCAUCCUGGGAAACAGGCACGCAGAGGAAGCAGGCGAAGCCAGCAAAGACGUGGUCAGCCAGUACUUUGGAAUCUUCUUUCUCAUAUUCCAGUCGUCUGGUGUGUGGGGCAAUUUGAUUUCAUCUCUGGUAUUUGGCCAGACUCCCACUCAAGAGGAUCUUCCGGAUGAGGAGUUCCUGCACUGUGGGGCCAGUGAUUGCCUGAUGGCCACCGAGCCCACCAACAGCACCCAGCGCCCGACCCAGGAGCUCAUUUACACACUAGUAGGCAUCUACACAGGAUGCGGCUUGCUGGCAGUCUUGCUCGUAGCAGUAGUUCUGGAACCAAUACAAGAUCCCCAGCAGAAAAGUGAAGGAGAAAAGUUGCAUCUGUGGUCCAACUUACUGGCGACUUUCAAGCUCCUCAGAGACCCGCGGCUGCGCCUCCUGAUUCUGCUGCCCAUGUACAGUGGCUUCGAGCAGGGGUUCCUGGCUGGCGACUACACAAAGUCCUAUGUCACCUGUGCCCUGGGCAUCCACUUCGUGGGCUACGUGAUGAUCUGCUUCUCAGCCACCAACGCGCUGUGCUCCCUGCUGUACGGAAAGCUGUCACAGUACACAGGGCGCGUCGCCAUCUACGUGCUGGGCGCACUGACCCACCUGUGCUGCAUCAUUGCCCUCCUGCUGUGGAAGCCCUAUCCUGACCAGCUGGCUGUGUUCUUCAUCUUCUCCGCCCUCUGGGGCUUGUCAGACGCUGUGUGGCAGACCCAAAACAACGCUCUUUAUGGCACUCUGUUUGAGAAGAAUAAGGAGGCUGCCUUUGCAAAUUACCGCCUGUGGGAGGCGCUGGGGUUCGUCAUUGCAUUUGGAUAUAGCACAUAUUUAUGUGUCUACACCAAACUCUACAUCCUGCUAGGAAUCCUGAUUGUGACUAUGGUGGCUUAUGGAACUGUUGAGCGUCUAGAGGCCAAGACCCAGAUCAAGCCACUUGCUAAAGAGCAGACAAACCAAGCACAGGAAGAAGAAGAAAUGCAAACAAAAAUGUGA